CGAUCCGUGGCGGCGGCGGCAGUGGCGCUAUACAGAAAUAUAUUAUAGGUACGACUUUGGCGGCUCCUUCGCGCGGUCAGUGUCCGCUACGGCUCCACGCCGCAAGUACGUGUGCACACCGUCUCUACGGCCGGCAACGGAUGAGACGACGAUUUUACUAUUAAAAGGUCAAACUGCGUUCAUAUCGCGACCGUUUCGUUUUGCCGAUGUUCUCUCGAUCCGUUUCCGCGCGGGAAACAAUGAUUUUCGCCGUCGCGCUCAUCGCUUCGAUUUCCGUCGCCGCCGCCGGCGGCAGACCCUUCGACAUGUGCGGACUCCAGAAAAACACGGCCGUCGAAGAAUUCAAACUCAGCACUCUGUACCCUAUGUUCGGCGAAAUACUAACAACUGAAUCGAAUGACAAUAUUUAUGUCGUUUCAAUUUGCCAACCUGUACCAAAGAUGUUCUAUGAUCCCAGAAAAUUGUCCGGUGCUAUUAAAUUGACGCCCAAAGGGAACACGGUCGAUCUUGGACACAUCGACCAAUCCAACGUCAUCGUUAACGAGAAUAGUAUUGUGCUUACAUACGUCGGCGGUGAUCGAGAUAGAGAUGUAGAAGACACGUGCAAAGGUCUGAGAUGGACAACGUACCUGACGUUCUUAUGUGAUCCAAAGGCAAUCCACGAUGUUUUAACAUUGAUUGACGAAGAUCCCGAUCAACCUGAAAUAUGCCAAGUGUGGUUUGAAGUAACAACGUCUAAAAUAUGUAACCGUCAGCCACAUUUACCAUUAGCGGUUAUCGAAAAAGAUUUUUCUACUCUAAAAAAUCAGACUGAUCAUGAAAAAUACAGUAUGAGGGAGUCAACUAAUUCCAAUUUAAUACCUUCUAGAAGAAACGAGUUUGAUUACGAAACAAUUAAUAUCAACAAGAAUAAUAAAUCUUUAAACAUUGAAAAUAAAGAAAAGCCUAAUAUAAAUGAUUUAUACAACAAAUUUAAUAAAUCAUUUAGUAAUGAACAUUUUAAUACUAGCAAAGAAAAGAAAAUAACAAACGACGAAAUUAAAAAUGGUAACACAACUCAAAUUAGUUUAAAAGAUCAGAAAAAACAAUCAGACAAUGAAAAUAAAGAUAAAUAUUUAAAUAAGUAUAAGGAAAUAGUCCACGAAAAAAAUGAAAAGGAGGAAUUUAAAGGAAGUAAUUCUAAAACCAAUAUACCUGAAGACAAAAUGUCAGCUGAUCAUGAGAAUAAUAAACAUUGGAUCAAAAAAAAUAACACAGUGCCUGGAAUACCGCCUAAAAAAGAAUAUAGCUAUCCAGAAAAAAACGAAACUAUCUUACAUUAUAAUGAUUUGAAAAAAUAUCUAAAUCAAAAUAAAAACUCUGAAGGUAAAUAUGAAAAUUCGGUUUUAAGGGAAUCAACUGAAUAUUAUGAAAAUAAGGAUAGUAAAUUAAAUCACGAGUUUCCGGAAGAUGUCUCGAAUAACGAUAUGAAAUACAAAAAUACCAUAGAUAAUGAAAAUGUGGAAAAAACUUCGAGACGAAACACAUUUGAAAACCAAACAUCAAAUAAAGAGAUGAAUGAUUCCAGUGAUAACAAAAAACUUUCAGAUAACGAAAAAAAAUUAAUUCAAAAUAAUUCAAAAAAAUCGAAUUCAAAUAACGACUUACGUACUCAUAUUAUAAUUCCGAAUACGGGAAAUAGAAUUAAAUAUAAUACAACCAAUGAAGGAAAAAUUGUUGUUAAAGAAGAUAAUCAAAGCCAAUCGAAAGAUAACAAAUCGAUUAUUUAUGAUAACAAGGUGCCAGGCGAUGUAACUAAAGAAAACAUAGCAAAUCAAACGCAUUCGCAAAACAAUAAUUCGGAGUCUAAGUCAUUACCAAAAGAAGAUAAAAAAAAUGAAAUCGAAAACCAUCCGAAGAACGUCAAUAGUUCAAUAACCGAGAGUACUCCUCGUGCCGACUCAACGACUAAAAAUAAUCCAACGGGUAGUAGAGAUAAAGAUGUUGAUGCUAAUACUUUUAAUAAGACAAAACAUACUUCAAAUGGUGAUACAAAUCAAACGCAUUCGCAAAACAAUAAUUCGGAGUCCAAAUCAUUUCCAAAAGAAGAUCAACAAAAUGAAAUCGAAAACCAUCCGAAGAACGUCAAAAGUUCAAUAACCGAGAGUACGCCUCGUGCCGACUCGACGACUGAAAAUAAACCAACGGGUAGUAGAGAUAAAGAUGUUGAUGCUAAUACUUUUAAUACGAAAAAUCAUACUACAAAUGAUGAUACAAAUCAAACGCAUUCGCAAAACAAUAAUUCGGAGUCUAAGUCAUUUCAAAAAGAAGAUCAAAAAAAUGAAAUCGAAAACCAUCCGAAGAACGUCAAUAGUUCAAUAAACGAGAGUACGCCUCGUGCUGAAUCGACGACUGAAAAUAAACCAACGGGUAGUAGAGAUGAAGAUGUUGAUGCUAAUACUUUUAAUACGAAAAAACAUACUACAAAUGAUGAUACAAAUCAAACGCAUUCGCAAAACAAUAAUUCGGAGUCUAAGUCAUUUCAAAAAGAAGAUCAAAAAAAUGAAAUCGAAAACCAUCCGAAGUACGUCAAUAGUUCAAUAAACGAGAGUACGCCUCGUGCUGAAUCGACGACUGAAAAUAAACCAACCGGUAGUAGAGAUAAAGAUAUUGAUGCUAAUACUAUUAAUACGCCAAAACCUAAUACAAAUAAUUAUGGUAAUCCAACCAUCGACGUGCAUGAAAAUAAUAGAAUGAAAAAUAAUAAUACUAGUGGUAAUGAUGAUAACACUAUCGCUGUCACUGUUAAGCCUACUAAAAUGAGUCCGUCAAAUACAAUGGUUAAUGAUGACACUAAUGAAUCUGGUGAAGUAAAUAGUUCGUCCACAGAAUCGCCGAUCGAUGGAUCGUUAAACAAUAUUAAAACAAACAAUAAAUUAGAACCAAAUGGUACAAUUAUAAACGAAACCAAUAACGUUAAAAAAAAUCUACAACCAGACCAAUCGAAACCGAUACCUAGUGCAGAUUCAUCGGAUAAUGAAGAUAGCGAUAAUUUAAAAACGACUACAGAUAGUACGAACCAAUCAGGAAACGGCUUCAGUUUCGAUAGUUUGUUUUCGAAAAUUUUCCCUAACGGUAUACACGUAUCUGCAUCUACAAUAAUUGGAGCGUUAGCUUCAUUGACAGCUGUUACUGGAAUAGUCGGAACAGCCAUAAAUCGUUAUUAUUACAAAAAAAUUGGUACAGAUCAAAUACCCUUCAAAGGAACAAUCCAAUCGAUUUUUAAUUCGAUUAAAGGUAUUAUUAUAUCAUUCUGCUGUUGUUGUCGUCGUGGUGGUUAUGAUGAUUUAGAAGCACCAGACUUGACGAAUGAAAAAACACCACUUUUACAGCCUAAAUUUAAUAUACCAACACCGCUAAUCGUAGACGAAACGUCUCAAAAAUCCAGUGAUAGUGGUGACAACGCGGAUAGUAGUAAACAAAAUAGUAGUAAUGAAUAUGGUAGUAUGUCGAAAGAAAAGAAAUCUUCGACUUCUGAAAAAAAAUACCGUAAAAUUAAACGAAAAUCGAAGACUUCAGAUACGAGUUAUUCUACUCCUGAAUCACUUGUGAAAAAUUUCGAAGAAAAACUUAUUAAUGUUGAAAAUAAUUUGCAUGGAAAAUCUAUAAAAGAAGUUAUAAGUGGAAAAAUUAAUACAAUAUUCACUGAAAAAGUAAAACCAACAAUCGACAGUAUUAUUCAAAAAGUGGGGAAAAAAGUUGAAUCAACUGAUGAUGAAAUUAAGAAGAACUUGGAUAAAAUAUCUAAAGAUGCAGCAUUGAUAUCCAAAUUUUUGGAAAACGAAAAGUCAACAAAAAUGACUGAUGACGUUCGCGUGGAUGUUGAAAUCAAAUCAGAAAAAACAAAUUUAAACGAAAAUGAAACACAGAAUGCUGUAGUUCAAGAAGAUAUCAAAAGUAUAACGCUUGGUGAAUCACAACAGUCUCCAAACGUUAAACCUUUGAGUGAAGUUAUUGUUUCACAGGUGUCCGUACCGGAUCUUCAACAAAUUGAAAGGAAUGAACAACCGUCCGACAUGAAAACAAGUACAGCAGACAGAGUUGCGACCGAAGAAUUAACCAAAAGAACACAUAACAAAAAGGAUAUUGAUAUAAAAAAUAAUAUUGAAAAUAUCCUAGAAACCGUCGUUCCGUCCCCCAUAGACACUAAUACUAGUAUUAACGAAUCGAAAUUAAAGUUCUUAGGAUUCGAAAAAGAAGAUAAAAAUGUGCAAAAAGUGGUGACUGACGAAUCUAUUGCGACCGAUAAAAAGAUGAAAAAUGAAGAGGAUGACGUUGAAGUUAUUGAAGAAAUUAUAUACAUAGACGGGGAUGAAGGUGACGAAGAUGAAGAAAUUAUUGAAGAAAUAAUAGAAACUACAGUAAUCGAAGAUUCACCGGACCCGUUGGAUGAAUCUAUACCUGGUUCGGGGAAAACCAAGGUCACAGUCCGGACAACUCGUAAAAUAUCGUCAUCUUCGUUACCCGGCGAAGUGAAAACUAUCGAAGAGACCGUGGUCACCGACGGUAUACCGGAAAAUGAAGAAAAACAGUCUGGUUUCCAGUUGGGUGUCGGGAAAUCCGGAAUCAGCAUGAGCGUCGGUGAUAAAAAGAUGGGGAUCGGUAAGUCCGGAUUGAAUUUCACCCGCAGCAAAAGCAAAUCACCGAAGAAUGUGGAAGGCGAUGAGCCCGACAAGCGGGACACAAAGUCUCCGGAAAAGUCCAAGAAGUCUAUGUCGAUGCCCAAAAUAUUUAAACGGUCGAUCUCUCAACCGACGGACGACGACAUCCAAGAAGCCGACGACGAGUCUACUAAAAAAAUGUCCCGGACAGGUUCCGGCUUGUUUAAAUUAGGAAAAUCGCGAUCCAAACCUACGUUGGUCCUAAAGACGGGUGACGUUACGAUGGACGCGGACGCGAUGUCAAACUUUAUGGAUAACGAACGGAAUGCGUCGCGUAUAUCGAAUGCAGGACUAGGUGAAUUGGAUUUAACGGUCGGCGAUGAAGGUGUUGCCGCCGCGGUGGUCGUACGUAAGACGUCCACAACAACUUCUAAAGGAAAAGAUACUCCGGUGACCACGGAAACCGUAAAUGUAUCACCUGCAGAUUUAGGGUUCGGGUUGAGUAGAGACCGACAAUCGACCCAAAAUGCCGAAACCAAGUCGAACGCCAAAACCAAACGUGAAAAAAAAGACAAAACGAAAUUAACGAGUCUAUCGCGGCCGUUUUAGAUGUACUAUUAUGAUUUAUUAUAAUCUAAGGAAUAGUUUUAAACUUACCGUGUAAGAAACCGAAAUAUUAUUGGUUUUUCGGUUCAUUAUUUUUAAUUAUGUUUUUAAUAAAUGUUUUCCGUCGAAUAUCGAUGCGAACUAUAUCGGUUGGAAUUUUAAAUUCAACACACACCACUGUACAAUUGUUAAUUUUCCGAUUUUUUUUUAUAAAUUCAACAUUGAUUUUAUUUGUGCAGAUUAUACUUAUGUACUGAAAUUUGUUCAACUAAUUUUAAUUCCAUGUUUUUAUAAUUAUUAAUUGUUGCUCGUUAUUUUCUUACUGUUCACUUAUUCUUUCUUGUAUACUUUUAAUUAAAAAUUAUAUCCACGAGUUAAAUUGUUUUUAUAUAUAGGUAUAACAUUGAAAAAUAUUAGUUCACAAUGUUCGUGAAUAAAAUAUGUUUAAUUUCUAUUUUAAA